AUGGAUGAAGUCAUGUUCCCUUCGCGAAAGCUUUUAAGCCSCUUCUUGCCAAGAGUUUUCAAGAAUCUAAAGAAAGUACGCUGUAGCAUCGACUGCACAGAAUUCCGCGUGGAAACAUCUAGGAACUUUGCUCAACAAGGAAAGACAUAUUCAUCAUAUAAGCACUCCAACACGUUCAAAUGCCUUAUUGCUUGUACCCCAAAUGGGGGAGCUUGCUUUGUUUCAGAUUUGUUCGAGGGUGACAUUUCUGACGUAGAAAUMUUUGAAAAAAGCGGUAUUCUCAAGCACAUUCAACCAGGAGAUGUUAUUCUAGCAGACAGAGGUUUCACAGUACAAGAUUAUUUAUACCCACUGCAGGCCAAAGUGAAGCUUCCUGCAUUCCUAAAGGGGAGAAAGAGCCUUAGCGCAAGAGAAGAGCUYGACACURGAGUCAUUGCAAAAGCAAGAAUUCAUAUUGAACGCUACAAUCAAAGAAUCAAGCAGUUUAAGCUUAUUGGGAGGAAAAUCCCCCUAUCGAUUGCACCUCUUGCAACACAGAUGGUCGUUGUUGCUUGUGGACUUGUUAAUUUCCAAGUUAAGUUCUUUGUAAGUAGACACAACACAGAUAAACAAAUCAUUGUUGACWACUUUAUUGUCAAUAGUGUAUAUAGAAAUAACUAG